AUGGUCCUGAAGGUCUUCUUUCCAUCCUGCUGCUCCUCAGCAGAAAGUGGCAUUUUGGUGGGUCGCUGGAUCUCAGAGCAGCGCUCUGCUGUCAUCCUUGCCGUGGUGCAUUUCCCCUUCAUCCCUGCCCAGGUGAAGCAGUACCUCAGCCAAGUCCAACAGGUGACUAAGGUCAGUGUUUCCGUGGUUGGCUCGUGGAGCAACAGCAAACAGGAGAGAGAAGAGAGUCUGAGUGAGUUCUUGGAAGACCUUGGCACAAUAUUCUCCCAUGAGCCGUGGAUUCAGAUAAGCAAGGAGGGAGACAGCAAAUUCUGGAGCUGUUCUACCCUUCAGAGACACUCUGACAACCCUAAGAAGGAAGAAAUCAUCUUAGUAUACUAUGACCAGCGCAAAGUCAUGCUCUCCCAUCUACAUCCCCCUUUGGACACCAGUUCCUCCAGUGACCCUGAGGAAGAGGAGGCUUCAAAGCUCUCUGCCAUCUUUGGCACAGUUGCCAGGAGUAAGAUGCUGUUUAUGACCGACCGGUAUGAUGAUGGGCCCAUCAAGCUGACCCACUGGCAGUCAGAUGGUGUUGAAGCGAGUAUCAUUGUGGAGCUGAUGAAGCAGGCCUCUGGACCGGGCUGCAGCGUUUCCAUGGCCGCUGAAGGUCUGUCUUUAGUAUUCCCAUGGUGUUUCUGCAGGGUGCUGAAUUUCUGGCCUUUGUCUUUCUUGUGGAGCAAACUCUCCACCUGUGAGCAGCUGGGACAUCGCCUGCAGCACCUCCAGGUCAUCAGCAGCAACAAGAAGGCUCAAAACCAGACCCAGCUGAUGAGGAAAGCCAACAUCUUUGUCUCUCUGCUGGUGGAUGUGGCUCUGGGGAUACUGCUGAUGUCCUGGCUCUACAGAAAGAACAGAAUUGGUCACCUUGCUGACACCCUCAUCCCUGCAGCUGAUCACGUAGCUGAAGGGCUCCAGGACCUGCUCCAGUGGUUGAUGGGAGCACCAGCAGGACUGAAAAUGAACAGAGCUUUGGAUCAGGUUCUGGGCCGUUUCUUCCUUUACCACAUCCAUCUGUGGAUUAGCUACAUCCACCUGAUGUCCCCAUUCAUUGAGAUGAUCCUCUGGUAUGUUGGUCUGUCAGCUUGUCUGGGCCUGACUGUGGCUCUCUGCAUCCUCUCAGACAUCAUUGCCCUUCUCACCUUCCACAUCUACUGCUUCUAUGUCUAUGGAGCCAGGCUCUACUGCCUCAAGAUUUAUGGGCUGUCAUCUCUCUGGCGCUUGUUCCGUGGGAAGAAGUGGAAUGUCCUUCGGCAGAGGGUGGAUUCCUGCUCCUAUGACUUGGACCAGUUAUUUAUUGGCACUUUGCUCUUUACAAUCCUGCUGUUCCUCCUGCCUACAACUGCCCUGUAUUACCUGGUGUUUACUCUGCUCCGGUUGCUGGUGGUGGUUGUGCAGGGCCUGAUCCAUCUCCUGGUGGACCUGAUUGACUCUCUGCCUCUUUAUUCCAUCAUCCUUCGGCUCUGCAGAUCCUACAGACUCGCAGCUGGUGUGAAGUUCAGAGUCCUUGAGCAGCAGGAGGGAAAACCUCUUCGGCUCCUCAUGCAGAUCAACCCCCUCUCCUAUGGCAGUGUGGUGCAGAUGUACAGGCUGCCAACCUACAGCUGCUACCCCAAGGAUUCCUGGACAUCUCUCUGCAAGAAGCUGUUCCUUGGAGAGCUCAUCUACCCUUGGAAACACAAAGGAGAGAAGCAGGACUAAAGACAGCAAAAGGGCUUGAAAGACUUGGUCAGGAAAACAUGGAAUCCUAAUGCUUUGGGACCAAAGGCAUCUUGGAGCCAGCAGCUGCUGGAUCCCUUUAAUUACAUUUUGGUAACAUGGGAGGGGCUGAAUUUUUAAAGGCAAGUAUUUUUAAACAUUAU